CAAAACUGUGAAAAAUUAUGGGAAGUUUAGCGAGCGAUGAGAGAGAGUUGUCUUGCUAUGAUACAGUCGUAAGCAAUGGCAGAACUUUUCUUCCACUCAUAACAUAUUAUGAUGCUGAAGAGGAUGAUCAUGACGAUGACGAUGAUUUUGUUUUCAGCAUUGAUUCCUCUUUGUUGGUUGAUCCUCAGAAUGUUUGGCUUGGCAAGGUCACCGGUGAAGGGUCUAACUCCAUAGUGCACGAAGGAAUUUAUCAGUCCAAGCCUGUUGCCGUGAAGAUUUUCCAGUUGCAUAAGACAUCUGGCAUCAGUCGUAGAUAUAAAGAAAAUUUUCAGAGGGAGGUCACCCUGCUAUCAAGGACAAACCAUGAAAAUAUUUUGAAGUUUGUUGGUGCCUGUAUUGAACCAACUAUGAUGUUAAUUACUGAGCUAAUGCGCGGUAGUAAUCUUCAGAAGUACCUGUGGAGUGUUCGCCCAAAAUGUCUAGAACUGAAGCUUUCAAUAAGCUUUGCAUUAGACAUUUCUCGAGCUAUGGAAUACUUGCAUGCUAAUGGCAUUAUUCAUCGUGAUCUGAAGCCAAGUAAUGUCCUUCUGACAGAAGAUAAGAAGCAUGUUAAGCUGGGUGACUUUGGGUUGGCUAGGGAGGAAGUUGUGGAUGACAUGACUUGUGAAGCUGGUACUUAUAGAUGGAUGGCUCCUGAGAUAUUUAGCCAAGAUCCAAUUCCAUUUGGAGUGAAGAAACAUUAUGACCACAAGGUAGAUGUGUAUAGCUUCGCAAUGGUUUUGUGGGAGUUACUUACCAAUAAAGUUCCCUUCCAGGGGAGGCGAAACAUAACAGUAGCGUAUGCAGCUGCCAAAAAUAUAAGGCCUAGCGUGGAGGAUCUUCCAGAGGAAAUUGUCCCUCUGUUGAAAUCUUGCUGGGCACAAGACCCGAAGGCUCGACCAGAAUUUACAGAAAUCACCGUCUUCCUUGCAAACUACCUCAAUUCAACUGAGGUCAUCCGUCCCAUCUCAACUGUAGUUGAUAUGGAACAAGUGGAAAUUAAGUCGAACAAAGAUUAUUCUGCUGCUGAAAACAAGGAUAAUGAGAUUGAGAAGCCCUAUGUAGUUAAAAUUGAAGAAGUGGGAAAUAACUUAAACAAAGAUUCUUCAGCUGCUGAAAACAAGCAUCAUGAGAUUAAGAAGCCCAAGAAACGAAACUGUUAUUUACCCAAUUUCCUGAGUUGUUUUGGUCACCGCUUUUCCAGCUGGAAGAUUUUUGGAUUGUGCGGCAAAUGAAUUGGAAGUUUGACUCAACCUCCAUGACUAGGCAUCAGAGCUCACUACAGCAAAACAAAUGCUGCUAGAAGUGAAGGGCCUACCUAAGGAAGCUUCCUGGUGCUAUGAAGCAUACUCUAGAAUUCCUUUUUCUUGUAUAAUUUACAUAAAAUUCACAUUGUGGAUUUUGUGUUUUUUUGACUUGCUAAAUCUUUAUUUUGGUGAUUCUUGCAAUCUCUGACCUGGGAUUAAUUUCCUAACUUGAAAUUAGAGCAGGAUUUUCUUAGAAUUGCAUCCUCUCCUAGUUCCUUUUUUUACUCAUCUUUAAUAUGGAAAGCAACACAUUUGGCA